GAAAUUUUACAAACACGUGCGAUGUUUUGUUGACAUUGGUCUUCAUUUAUUAAAUUGAAUAGUUUAUAUAAAUAUAUAUAUGUAUACUUAUUAAAAUAAGUAUUGAUUGUUUUUGUGUUCAGUUGUUAGUUAAUUUUAAUUUAUGAUUUUUAAAUUAUUUUAUAAUGGAUGGAAUUAUUAAUGAGGCUGGAGAUAAAUUCAAAUUGAAAGAAAAACGCAAUCGUAAGGGAGGUUUUUUAUCACAAAAAUAUAUUUCUUCGGAUGAUUCCUCAUCAGAUAAUUCGCUGUGCGAUGUCAGUAGUAAGAAAAAAAAAAUAAAUAAUAGUAAUGAUAUUAAUUUUGUGAAAAACAAAAUAAUUAAAAAUGAUGAUACUGAGACAGUCGACUCGAUAGAUUUGAAUGUGAAGCAGAUGAAGGAAGUAAAAGAAGAAGUGGUAAAUGAUGCCGCAUAUGGAGAAGUAGUUAAGAAGAUUAAGAAGAAAAAAACGAAAGAUAUUUCUGGUGAAAAUGAUUUAUUAGAUAGUAAAAAACUUGAAGAAGUAUCUAGUACAGUUGAAAAUCAUCAGGAGUUUGAUGAAAGUCAUGUUAAGAAAAAGAAGAAGAAGAAAAAAAAUAAAGAUAUUGAUGCUGUUGAAGAAAAUUUAAAUGCGGAGCUAGGGAAUGAAGCAGAUGGUCUUGAAAAUAAACUUUGCGUGGAUGAUGAGAGUAAAAAAAAAAAGAAGAAGAAAAAACGCAACGAAUUGUGUGAUAAUGAGGUAGAAAUACAAGGGAAGAAUGAAGAAAUAUGUGAUAGCGGAAGUAAAGUGGAGGCUGGAUCGUUAGAAAAAAAGGAAAAAACACGUCGUGAAUUUAUUGAAACUAAUGGAACUCAGCAAGAAUCAGUUGCUGAAGAAAUGGAUACUGAUAAAAUGAAGAAGAAAAAGAAGAAGAAGAAACGGGAGCGCGAUGAUUUAGAAACUGGUGGUCUGGUUGAUGACCAAAAUUACCCGAUUGAUGGACAAAAUAUUGAUUCUUCUGUUGUGAGUUUAUCAGUAAAAGCAGAAAAUAAAUCGCACGAGUCAGCUGAUGCGGUUAAAGUUAAAAAGAAGAAGAAAAAAUCUGCGGAACCAGGUGCUGAAGAUACUUUGGAAAAGAUGGAAGUCAGUAAAGAAGAAUCUGAUGCGACUCAGCAAGAAUCAUUUGCUGUAGAAGUGGAUACUGAGGUGAAGAAGAAAAAAAAGAAGAAGAAACGGGAGCGUGAUGUAGAUGAGUUGGAAACUGGGGGUCUGAGAAAUGAACAAAAUGACCCGGUUGAUGAAAAAAAUAAUGACUGUGCUGUUGCAAGUGUCUCAGUAAAAGCAGAAGAUGAUAAAUUGCAUGAAUCAGCUGAUUCAGUUAAAAUUAAAAAGAAGAAAAAGAAAUCUAGAGAACCGAGUGAGAAAGAAUUGAUUGAAGAGCACGAAGUUAAGACUGAAGAUCGUCUAGAAAAAAUGGAAAUAGACAGAGAAGAAUCCACUGAACCUGCUAUUAAAAUAAAAAAGAAGAAACGUAAACAUCAUAAUUCUGAAAACAGUGAGCUGGUAAAUGAGCAAAAUGAUACUGCGGAAAAUGUACCAGUAAAGAAAAAGAAGAAGAAACAUCAUAAUGAAUUAGGUGACAAGGAAUCGGCUGAAGAGCAUAAAGAUGAUGCUGCAGAUACUCAGUUGUUAGAAAAAAUAAAUUCGGAAAAAUUAGAGUCUGCUGAGUCGGCAGAUAAAAUAGAAAAUAAAAAUUCAGAACCUGGAUCUGUUGAGUCUGGACCAACUCAAAAUAGUUUGAGUGAAAAAAAUGUCAGAGAAGUUAACAAUAAAAGUGAGGGAGAGUCUGAUUCUGAUGAUGGGAUGGUUUUAAAUAAAUCAAGUGAUAGCGAAGCUAGUAAUGAUGAAACAAAAAGUAAAAGUGAUAGUAAACCGAGACAAAGUCCAGAGAAGAAACAAAAUAUAUCGGAAUCUGAAAUUUCUGAUGAAGAAGAUGAUGAAGAUUAUGACGAAGAAGAAAUAGUGCCGCGUAAAAGAAGACACAAAUCGAUAUUUGAAAAAAUUCCUGUUAUCGCUAAAAUGCUGACAGAGUCCGACGAUGAAGAAGACGAACUUCAGAUGCAGCAAUUAAAUUUAACUGAAUCAAAAAAACUAGCAGAGCUUAGAAUAAAUUUGAUCCAUCAUGUCUUGCCACAACAUAACAUAGAAAAAAAUGCAGGUACUCGUCCUCUUUCUAAAGAAGAAAAAAAACGUUUCGAAAGUUACGCGCCACUGAGAACGGGAACGUUUACUCCAGACGAAGACAAUAGAAUUUGUCAUAAUUGGAAGAGGUUCUGCAAGGUACACGACUGGAGAAAAGCUCUAGUACAUCCAUUCAUAUUCCGUAAGCGCAAAGGAUUUUACUUUCUUUCAAAAGUUGAAGAACGGAGAAAAUUCGUUCAAUUUUUGGCUCAUGCUUUACCCAAUAGAUCUCUGUACAGUGUUUAUGGUAGAUUCAAAAACUUGUACAGUACUCACAAACAAUCUAGAUACACUAAAGAAGAAGACGCAAUUGUAUUAAAAAUAAUAAAUGAUCCAACAGUAAAACAUCCACUAAAAGUUUUAGCUAAAAGAUUAAAUAGAACUCAGCAGUCAGUAUGGCGGCGUAUUAAAUUACUGCAAAAAAAAAGUGGAUCAGACAACAGCGACAAUGAAUGAAUAUUUUUUUGAGUGUGAAUGUAGCUGACAAUUAGCGAUUUUUAAAGUUUUUAAAUAAAUAAAUAAAUAAAAUGUAAGUAGAAUAAAAUUUAAAAAUUGUCUCUGCUA